AUUUUUUAUCUCAUGUGACCGACCAUUUAGCCUUCAUUGACCUGGCAUUGCUCCUCUCUUUACUAUAAAUUAAAACUACUACCCUUUUGCUUUUAUUACUAACUCAAAAAUUGACUCGAAAAAGAAAUAAUGGCGACAGAACUUGAAAUUACUGAGCUAAGAUUGGGAAUUCCAGGUGAAAAGAAAAGGGUAUUUUCAGAUAUUGACAGUGAUCGAAAUAGUAGCAACGUUAACGACGAUGAUGAUGUCAAGUGUCACAACAAAAAUCGAGUUGUUGGUUGGCCGCCGGUUUGUGCUUAUCGGAGAAAGAAUUAUAGCUCUAAAAUGUACGUGAAAGUUAGCAUGGAUGGUGUACCUUUUCUUAGAAAAGUUGAUUUGGGGACUCAAAACGAUUACUCUGAAUUUGUCAUGAAUCUUGAAAAGCUCUUUGGUUGCUAUGGCAUUUGCGAAGCGUUGAAAGAAGGAGACAGUUCAGAGUACAUUCCAAUAUACGAGGACAAAGAUGGAGACUGGAUGCUUCUCGGCGACGUUCCCUGGGAGAUGUUUACUGAAUCAUGCAAAAGGCUAAGGAUUAUGAAGAGAUCGGAUGCAAAGGUGAUAGGAAUUCGAACAAAAGACUUUCUCAAGGGAAUGUCUAAAGACAAAUGAGGAUUUAAUUUUUAAUCAGUGGAUUAUUAGUAAGAAAUAGAGUGAUUAACCACUGGACGAGUGGCCUCUCAUAUAAUUAAUUACGUUAUUAAUGUUUUGUUCGUAUGUUUUGUUUGAGAAAUACCCUACAUCAAAUGUGGCUGUAAUUUUAGGUGUUGAAUAAGUAUAUGAUUUCCUCUUCUAGUUAUUUUGUUGCUCUAUUAUUGUUGUAUAAGUGUAAUCCAGAUAAUGUGCUUAAAGCUCGCAGCUACUGCAUUUUCUUUUAGGACAUGUAA